AUGGUAUCGGUGAAUCAUGACGAUGUUAACGCGGUUGUUGAAAGAGCGGAGUAUGAAGAUGUGGUGGUACGAGAUGAAAAUAUCAUGGGAUUUAAGGGUAUAUGGAGAAAUUUCACGGAGUUUAUGUCGAAAUGGAGAUCUAUUUUCAACAGGGAAACGUGAGUUGAUCCCACUCCCUCUAUCUUAUAUCAUACAGCAACUAACAACCACCAGUUACUCCGGCUCCCUCCUCUUCAACAUCUUCUCUUUCAUCCUCCCAUCCCUCUACUCCACCCUUAGCAAACUCUGGGUCGCCAACAUCGAUUCCUCAAAAGUAGUCACUACAGAUGUAUACACCUACAUCGGCACGAUAGUCGAAGUACUAAAUGAGGGUCUUCCACGCGCUGUCUGGGUCAUCAUUGGUGAUUCCUCAAAUCGAAGUCUCAAUAAGCGUUUAAGUCUCACAUACACUCUUAUUACCUUCCAAAUCCUGCUCGGUAUCCUACUUAUGAUAAUAUUUCUUUCAAGCGCCGAAUAUCUCGCCGCGGCUUUCGUCCCCGAGGUUGUGAGACAGGCUAGUUUGACGUAUGUUAGGAUAUCAUCAGUACAAGCACUGUCCAGCGCGAUGAGCACCGCGGUUGCAAAUUCGACGAGAGCGUUGGAUCAUCCAGAUGUACCGUUAUUGAUUAGUACAGUACAAUUUGCGGUGAAUAUUCUGCUGGAUCUACUUAUUAUUUCGAAGUUUCAUGUGGGAGGUUUUACACCGACGCUCAAUAUGCAGGCGUUGAUUAGGAUGACGUGUGAUCUUGUUUCUGCGGGAUGUGGGUUAGGAUAUUUUAUUUGGCUUGCUUUGAAAAUGCAACGGUCUGCAUCCUUACCCUCGUCGCCAUCUCCAUCUCCAUCUCCAUCUCCAUCUCCAUCUCCAUCUCCAUCUUUAUCUCCACAGGUAUCAGAGAGCAACAUCUCACAAUCUCCAUCCUCAUCCGAAAGCGAAUCGAACCCCAGAAUCACCUUCUCGGCUCUAAAAACUCUAUUUAAACCAGGAAUAUACACAUUCCUUGAGUCUGCCCUGCGCAAUGCAAUCUAUCUCUAUCUCAUCCACGGGAUCGUAUCAAUGGGUCUUGAUUAUGCUACUGCAUGGGGGGUAUUUAAUAAUAUUAGAUGGGGAGUGGUUAUGGUGCCUGUUAAUGCAUUAGAAGCUUCCACGUCGACUUUUGUGGGUCAUGCGUGGGGUGCUUGGAGGAAGCGUGUUGGGGCUGAGGUGAAGAGACCGAGGGCUGAGAGACGAGAUAUUUUGAGUAGGUUUUUCUGUUAUGUUUGUUUAAUGAAUUGAUUAAGUUGGCUGUGUAGUAGAGAAGGAAGAAGUAAAAUGUUAACAAACCAAGAAAUCGUCCAUUACGCCCUAAUAUCCUGCGUCAUCGCCCUCAUCAUCGAAAGCACAUUCUGCAUCUUCCUCUCACUCUGGGGCAUCAAAAAAUUCUCCUUCUAUCUUUCCGAAUCAGCAACCGUAGCCAAAAUCACAGAACACAUGUGGCGAACCAUAGAUUGGUGUUACAUUUUCUACGCACUAACAACACAAUUAGCCGCCAUUUUACUAGCUACGGUGCCGAAAUUAUAUUUCGUGCAGAGCUUGGGGAGUAAUUUACUUUGGAUGUUGCCGUGGGCGAUAGCUGUGGGUAAGAUUCAAAUGACGGCCCAGAAUGCGUGGACUUAUCAUGGGGUUAUUUUUGGGGGUGCGUUGGUUUUUGAUUUUGUGAAUGUGGGUGUGGUUUUAGGGUGGUGGUAUUGGGGGUUGAGGAGGGGAAAAUUGGAGCUGGGUGUUGUGGGUUAG